AUGGCUCACACGGGUAAUUUACCGACCGGACAACUCACGAUGGAGUCAACCCCGCACUACCCAAUCUACACCAAAGGAACAGUACUACAUUCCAAAGAUCCGAACGACUACACUUGUCACAUUUGUCCAGAGAACCAAACCCCCCCACUCGAGCAUCACUUGAAGGACGAGAAACACGUCCAGAGGCUGAAGCACUACACCCAGAAUUUCAUCAACACAGGGCCUCUCAUUGACUGCAAACUAUGUUUCAAACGGAUCGACCCCAAUCAGGUAAUAGAGCACGCGUUGGCCCACAAACUGGCUCCCUGGUACGUCCCCGAGGACAGCCCUGAAAUCCUCUUCAAGAAUUUCAUUUGCCACCUAGGGGGCCAGUACUUCUGUCAUCUCUGCAACGUGAAAAUGCCAUUUUGGUCCCCAGUGGAGUGUCACUACAAAGAUAGACACCACCAGACUCUGAAGAGAGAUAAAAUCGAUGAGGUAAUCCUCCAGGGGCUAUCGUUCACUGUAUCCCAUUACCAACUGGCUAUCAAUAACUCGAUUUUCAUGAAGUCGUCCAAGUGCCUGUCUUGCAGUCUAUGUGACUGCGAAGUGGGAACUUUACUCGAGGACAUUAUCCUCCACAUCAGGGGAAAAUUUCACAUUCAAAAUCAGAAGAAGAGCCUCGAAGCCUUGAAGACAGCGAAAAUUUGUCGUUUGUUCUCUGAAUUUCACACUGAAGAUAAAACCCCUGGGACUUGUUUGAAUAAAAUCACUUCAGAGUGCAACAAUAAUUCCGUGUGUCAGGCUAAAGUCACCCCAAAGGCUUCCACAGCUCGUAAAUCUCCAUCUGACGAGAGGAAGAAGGGAACGAGAAUUCAGAGGGAAUCGAAGGAUAAAAAUAUUAGUCUGAGCAGUCCACGGUUGACUAAAAGAGCCACGAGGGAUGGGGGUUCAACACCAAGAGGAAAAUUUAACAGAGGUGUCGAGACAGCUGGAGGAGACAGACUGAUAAAAAGAAAAAAUACGAAAGCUGACACUCCAACGAGAACCAGAGGAACACCGAAGAAAGAUCGAGUGACGAAACGUGUUUCAAGUCCAUUGAUUAAUAAAUCAGCACUUCUGAUGAAGAAUUCAGCGAGCGAUCGAGAAGUGCCUGCGGAUUUUACGAGGAUCAUGGGAAAUAAUCACUUCUGCAGAAUUUGUGGAUGCCAAGUGGAUGGAUAUUCCAAUAUUCUUCAGCAUUUGAAUGGAAAGAGGCACUUGGAGAAUUUAGGGAAGGGUAAUGGUUCGAGGAAUUCAGAAGUUAAAGUAGAUAAAGCAUCAGAAUUUCAUGAUAAUUCGCCUGCAGCAAUUGUGAAAGUCCCUAAGGAUGCCUUGAGAGAUGAGAACGUUGACAUUCCUUCAAAGGGUUCUGAUUCUUACGCUGCCAAAGCCAAACUACCAGCCAAGAAGAAAUCGAAAAGAAAGAGGAUGCCGAAAUCGCAACUAUCUCCACAGAAGAAUCUCCCAUGUCUCGUCUGUGGCGAACGAUUCGAAUACGCGAAGGGGCUCCACCGUCACAUGACUAGACACUUCUGGAGACGAUUCCUCGAGGCUCCCCCUGUCGAUGCUGAAGCAAAAUCUCCGGGAGGUGCUGCAACUGACGAAAUAAAUGGAGAUUCGACCGGAAUUCCAGAGGGAGGAUCAACCGAAUCAUCUGAGGACGAGGGGGAUCUCGAGUUCGAGGAGGAAAGAUCGAGGGAUUCACCAGGGAGAAGAUUCCACUUCUCUCGCAAUUCUAUAACCCACCCCCUGGACAUUGCCCUGGACGACAAACUGAACAUCUACGCAGGUGAUAAACAGAAGAUUGAAGACAUCAAGCUCGGAGUUCUCCUGUCCUUCAGCAUCGACAAGGACAAUAUCUACUGCCUCGUGUGUCGAAAGAGCGUUGAAAAUUCAUUGCAAAACUUUUACGAGCAUUUGUGCUCAGUCAAUCAUUUGGAUUACUUCCAAGAGAUGAUUGAGGAUCACAAGAAGUUCAAGGAUUACCCAGAUCAGUUGAGUGAUUUAGCUCUCGCCCACGAAUACAUGGAGGAGGUCUCAGAAGAUGUUGUCCAGUGUCACGCUUGUGGAAUUCCCGUGAAGAAUGACUCCAUCAAACUGAAGGAUCACGUCGAUGAUGCAUCCCACGUGGAAAAAUGUCCAUCACUGGGAGCAAACGCCAGAGACUGGUUCACCGCCCUCUGCUCAAGAAUGGAGGCCAAUUUCUACAGCGCCCUGACGUACUGGUGCGUCCCCUGCGAGACGUAUUGGACCCACGAGAUUGAAUUCCGAAAGCACUUGAAUGAGAGAAGUCACAAGGAAGAAAUGCAAGCUUUCAAGGGAGAAACCAUGAUCUUCGACUUCUGCGCACUCUGCGGGGCCCUCUGGUACGGAUUCUUGAAGACAUUUCACUACCACUCGACCUGCAAAAUGCACAGGAAUCAGGCGUUCAGUAGUCACUACCUGGUGAACAAAAUCCCACAUGCGGCGGAGAGGCUUCUGCAUGCACCCGAGAAGAAGAUCGAGGAGAUUCUAACGAACGUCGAGACUCGUAGGAUCGAUAGCAGGACGAAGGAGGAUCAACUGAUCAGGGAUUUGGAGAGGAUAUCUAAGGAAACUUAUCCCAGAGUGAAGGCUUACCCCUUCGGCUCCAGGGUCUCGGGACUGGGGGGACGGAACAGUGAUCUCGAUAUCUUCCUCGAUUGCAGCACCUGCGAGCAUCAAGUGUACUCUGGAGAGAACUCCAGUUUCAAUCAGAUAUCAGUUCGUAUUGGGAACAUUGAACAAUGUCUUGAGAAUGAUGUUCAGAAUUGGCACAUUGAUCGUGUGAUACGAGACUGCAGAAUUCCCAUUAUAAAGGCGACUCACAGACCCACUGGAAUCGAGUGCGACAUCUCCUUCUCCAAUGGCUUGACUGUGGAGAAUACGAAGUUGAUCAGUGCUUACUGUGAGAAUUAUCAUCACUGUCGUAAGCUGAUUGUCUUCGUGAAGAAUUGGAUGGGACACUGUACACUCACUGGACAUCAUGGAAUCAACAGUUAUGGGAUCGCCUGGCUGGUGAUCUAUUUCCUUCAGGUGAAGAUGAUACUGCCGACGGUCUCUGAGUUGAUGAAGAGGGGGAAACAGUCGAGGAUGAUUGCGGGCUGGGAGACUAGGGUCACCACUGAUUUCCAGCCUCGGGAUAAUGCCGAGGGAUUCAGGGAACUUCUCGUGCAGUUCUUCAAAUUUUAUGAAGCUUUCGAUUAUCGGAAUUACGUAAUUUGCCCGUUGGUGGGGAGAGCUGUUGCCAAGAGAGAUUUUCAGAGGCCAGAGGUAUUACCGCGCGACAUGAAGACUUAUCUUAAUUAUCUCGGUGGGGGGGAUGAUCCUGAAGCUUUCAGAGUUGACUCUGUUAUGUGCCUGCAGGAUCCUCUCGACCUCGCCCACAAUAUUUCUAAAGCUGUUCGGAAGUGCGUGGUUCAUAGGUUCAAGACUCUCUGCUCUCUCAGUGUACAAAUUCUUGAUAAUGAUGCAUAAACUUGAGGUGGGAAGAAUGGAGAGGAGAAAAGUCUAUUUUAUUUCGAUGUUUAGUUUCAUUUCAUUUUUCGGAUUGAAGAGAUCAGAUUGAUCAUAUUUUUUAAGGCAAAGUGCAGUCGACGGCGGGUGGUUAGCAUUAGUUGCCAUGUUCUUAUAAUCAUUAUAGAGAUCUGUGGAUGGAAUUUUAAUUAUUGAGAUUAAUGCGAAUGUGAAUCUAAACUUCAAUAUUUUUGUUGGUGUGCUCUUUUGUGUCUUUAUGAUCACGUGAAGCUACGAUGAGUUUUUUUGCGCUAACAAGUUUACUACGAUUAAUAAAGUAUUGAAUAUUUA